GCAGCCGUAAUUUAUUAUAACUUUUCGCCUGUCAGCCUCUCAGCCUCUGUUACCGCUGCUGCUGCUCCGCUGCUGUUACUGAUAAACUUUAUACUUGAUAAUUCUCCCUUCCUGUGCUGUGGUAAACGCGAAGUGAAUAGAAAAUAGAAAAACCUCCGAAACAGGCCACAACAAAGGAAAAAGGAACCAUGCAAUUAAAUUCAUAAAAUAAGGAAAACAAAACUUAUUCAUUCAUAUUUCUCGUGUCGGCUUCAAUUUUAUUCCCAAUGGAAUUCGCUGAUCUCAUAAAAACUCCAAAACUUGACGGUGUCCUCUUGCAUGACCAUUUGCAUGCAACAGUUGAGGGAACCCUCUGCAUUACAGGCCACCAUUUGCUGCUAAGUGCUCGACAAGAAAAUAGCCAAGAAUUGUGGCUGCUGCACAAGAAUAUCGAUUGUGUGGAGAAAAAACCUUUCCUCAAUAAUAAUGUUGUGGUGGGCGGCAUAAUCACCCUCAAGUGCAAGGAUCUGCGGAUAAUUUCAUUGGAAAUAAAAUACUCCAAAGAGUACUUUAAUGUUGCCUCCUCGCUGGAGCAACUUAGCUCCCUGCACAACAUAGAACUUGAUUAUCCGUUCUUCUAUAGACCUAUGUAUUCCAUAUUGGAAGAUGGAUUUACUAUGUUUAGACCGGAGUCAGAGUUCUCGAAAUUGAUUACCGGCGACGAGUGGAGAAUCUCACAUGUUAACAAAGAUUUUAGUGUGUGUUCAACAUAUGGUGCUAUAUUGAUUGUCCCCAAAUCAAUAACCGAUGAGCAAAUCUGUCAGUCGGCCUCAUUUCGAGACGGAGGACGAUUUCCGAUACUUAGCUACAAACAUGACAAUGGAGCAACUCUAAUGAGAAGUUCCCAGCCGAUAUCAACUCAAGGUAUCAAGCGGUGUCGUGCCGACGAAGCUAUCCUCAACGUGGUUCUAGGGCGAAGUAAAAAGGGCUUUAUUGUGGACACUUGGGGCAAGGGCAAAUCCAACACGGAAACAGAUCAACACUAUUCCCAGUGGAAGAAGGUCAACCGGUCGAUUGGUAAUGUAUCGAAUCCUUCAUCUAUCCUGGAAAGCUUUACCAAACUUGUGGAUGCUUGCAAUGACACCACCUGCAGUGCUGACAAAUGGCUCUCUCGCCUCGAGGGCAGUGGUUGGUUGGGCAUGGUCUUGAAUUCAUUAAAUGCCGCCUGCGUUGUGGCUCAAUGUUUGGACCAAGAGGGCAGUCCAGUUCUUGUACAUGGCUCCAAAGGACUCGAUUCAACUCUGAUUGUCACUUCAUUGGUUCAAAUCAUUUUAAAUCCCGACUGCCGAACCGUUAGAGGUCUCCAAGCACUUAUCGAACGUGAAUGGAUUCAAGCCGGUCACCCCUUCUUUUCACGGCACAAAUACUCCUGCUACACCCCGCCACAAACACGUUUGAAAACCUCCGGAGCCACCUUCAUACUCUUCCUCGAUUGUAUAUACCAAUUGUUUUGUCAAUUCCCCUGCAGUUUUGAAUUCAGUACAAAUCUACUAAUUUUGCUUUUCGAACACAGUUACUUUAGUCAAUAUGGAACGUUUCUUUGCGAUUCGGAAAAGGAACGUUCCGAGUUAAAAGUUCAAACUCGUACAACCAGUUUGUGGUCGUAUUUGAAUCGUCCGGAUGUUAUGAAGUCACUGCUGAAUCCUUUGUAUGAACCAAAUCCAAGGGUUAUUUGGCCAUCGGUGGCACCAAUCAGUUUAGAAUUAUGGGAUGAACUUUAUUUGAGAUGGACAAUGGAUCAACAGAAUAUGACAAAUACCAUGGCUCAGAUACAAGAGUUAAUAACCUAUGAAAAAGAACUGAGAACGAAGGUCUUAAAGCUACGAAAACAGGCGACUGAUUUGAAUCGGGAAGUUAUUGAUCUUUUAAAAACCACAAACAACUGAAAAUGCUGAAGUUUUUAAAGUUUAACAAUCUCUUAAAUAAGCUAAUUUAUAGAUGAUGAUUCAUAUAAACUUGCAUAUGUCAAUUUUUGACGCAUUUAUUUAUACAUAAGAAACACCAUCAACUUUAUGAGGUUAACAAUUUAUUAAAUUUAACAACAAAAUUUAAACAAAAUAAAAAUAAUAAAUUGACAGGGAUCUUAUUAAUGAUCAACAAAUAUUUUAAAAACAAAAAUAAUAAUAAUAAUUGUGAAGCUUUUGCCUUUCUUUAUUCUUAAAGUAAAACAAACAAAAUGUUAAACAUAAAUGUAAUUAAAAAACUUUAAAGAAAACUUACUUUCAAAAACAAUAAUAAUGGUGUCUAAAAAGAAGGAAACUUAAAUAAAGGUAGGUAGUUUUUCAAGUCAGUUGUUUGACUGGUUUCAUUUUUGUUCUUUCUUCGUUCGCAAUUAUUUUUAAAAAUUUAAGUCGUGAGUAUUUAAAUAAAAGACAAAAAAAUCAAAAUUAUCUUAUGUAAAACAUGAAUUCAUGUAAAACAAAAUUGUGUAUAUUAUUAAUUUGCUAAGUGAUACAAAGAAAAAUUUUAAAUAUUUGUGUGCAACGAUUUGUAUUUGUUUAUUUAUUUGCUUUAAGACUAAAAACAUAACAACAAAAAAAUCGAAUAUAUUUAAACGAAAUCAUUUGACUCUCUUCUUUAUUUUUGAAAAUUUGGUUUUCUUGUUAUAAUUUUAUGAAAUUAAAUUUUUAAGAUCAAUUAUUUUAGAAAUAUAAAAAAACAAAAAUGAAUUAUAUAUACAUAAAUGUAUUUUCUUAUUAAUAUAGAAUGGAAUGUAAUAAUGUGCACUAAAUCGAGUCUUCAAUAAAAUAUUUAAAAAAUGCAUUUUGAA